AUGAAUUUUCAAACAAAAAAUAUACAAAUAAAUGGGGUCCCCCACAAAAUUAUUCUACAGAAUGAAAACGGUCCAUGUGCUUUAAUUGCCUUGGUUAAUGUAUUAUUAUUAUCACCAGCACAUCGUCCAGCAGCUCAAUUAUUAGUCACAUUAGUUAAUCAAAGCAAUACCAUUUCUCUUGAUUCAUUAGUUCAAACAUUAUCAGAGCUAGGUUUAUAUGCACAUGGCUCAUCUACUGAUGAUAUUAGUAGUUUAUUACAAUUAUUGCCAAAAUUACAUAAGGGUUUAGUUAUUGAUCCUGCAUUUAAUGGGUCAUUCACAGAUACUAAAGAAAUGGCUUUGUUUCGAUUGUUUGGAGUUGGUAUGGUGCAUGGCUGGGUUAUCGAUCCUCAAUUGGACCCUUUGGCUUAUGAUAUUGUUUCUAAAUAUUCAUAUGAUUCUACUCAACAAUUAUUAGCUCAAGCUUAUGAUAUUCAACAACGUGGAUUACAAACUCCACAGGCGACUCAAAUUUUAGACACUGCCACUUAUGUCAAAGCAUUCUUAGCCCGUUCUGCAACUCAAUUGACUGAAUAUGGUUUAACUUAUUUAAAAGAAGUCCUGCUAGAGAAGUCUUUUGCUGUUUUAUUUAGAAACGAUCAUUUUUUGACCUUAUAUAAAAAUAAUAAUGAAUUAUACACACUAGUAACAGACUUGGGGUAUAAAUCUAGGACAGAUAUUGUUUGGGAAUCUUUAAAAUCAGUAAAUGGCUCACAAGACAUAUUUUAUACUGGUGAUUUUAUUCAAAGUGCUUUUGCAAAAAGAGAAAAAAAAACUACCACUCAAACUUCUUCUGGAGCUGGAAAUGAACGUGCAAAUUCAAAUAACACUGAUCCGUUUGAUGAAGAAUUGGCAGAUUCUGUUGGUGAAUUGCCUGGUGCAAUUAUAAAUAAUUCAGAUAACCAACAAAUUCGUGAUGAUGAAGCAUUGGCAAGAGCAUUACAAGAAGAAGAAAACAAUGCAAGACGUGAAAGAGCUCAACGGAAUAGAUCUCUAAAUGUGUCAAGAACAAGGUCAUCUAAUAAUAAUUAUCCCUACGGAAGUGGUAAUAAUAGUAAUGACGGUAGUAGGGGAUUGAGUAGGAGUAAUUCUUCUGGACAAAAUGAUUAUAGACCAAAUACAAGUUUACAUAGUAGAUAUGCUAAUCAAAAAAAGAAUAAAAUGUCUAAACUAAAGAAUGAUUGUAUUAUCAUGUGA